UGAAGCCAUCAUCAAAAGCAAAAACCAAAGUCUCUCACCAUAUCAUAUCCAUUAGAACGAAACUAUGGCUAAUAAUUAUAUGGCCAUUCAUGUAGUACUUGUUCUCUUCCUUCUCUCAUCCCCUUUGAGAGCUUCUAACAAUGGUGAUGAUGAACACCCAUCAAUAUCAUCAUCAAUGCUGGAAUCAUAUCAGUUGGAGUGGGACAAAAACAUUGACCCCACCAAGCUGAGCUUCAAGCUCUCAUUCACCUGGCCCAAGGGCUACUGCAAGACCAAAGGGUCCGGUUGCGAAAAGGCCGCAAGCUUACCGGACCACUUCACGAUCCAUGGCCUGUGGCCCAUCUACCGGGCCAAGUGCGACGACUCCACUGAAGCUUUUAGCCUUGACCAUGUCAAGGACCUCCAGGACAAGCUGGACCAGAACUGGCCUGACUUGAAGAACUACGGGAACCCGAGUAAGUAUACGUCGUUCUGGGAUCACGAGUGGGUUGCUCACGGCAAAAAAUGCAACCUCUAUAGCGUCCACGAUUACUUCAAGCAAUCUCUCGCUCUCUACGACGCCAGCAACGUUCUAGAACUUCUUCAAAAAGCAGGAAAUCCAACAACUGUGGAAGACGUGAAAAAAGCAUAUCCGGGAAGGAGGCCUACGGUUUUCUGCAAGAACGGGAGCGACGGGGGAUAUUACUUCUACCAGCUCGAGUUCUGCCUGGACAGCAAUGAGGCGUACGAGGAUUGUCCUGAACCAGCCAAGCCCGACAAAACUCAUUGCUCUCCUGGAAAACAAUUCAGCUAUGGCGCCUGAUGAUGUUACGCAGCUUGAGCUUAAUUAAUUAAUGGUUAUUAACAACGUUGUUAUCAUCAAUAAAUACAUAAAUAAAUCUCGAUCUAGCUAGAGCUAGCUAGCUAGGACAGUUUGGGUGGGACGGCAUCCAUCCCUGCAUGAUAUGCCUUAUCUACGUAAAUUAAUAAUCCCAAUAAAACAAGUACUGCAAUUACCCUUCGAAGUUCGAACUUUAUAUUUUUUAGUCUUUGUUUUACAGUGCGAUUUUUUUUAUUUUUUAAACAUUUAAUUAAUUAAACACAUCGGAAUAGAGACCUGGUUCUUUAUUCAUUAGAAAAAAAACACUUUGCCAGUUAUAAAAAUUUGCACUAGUACUAAACACAAGUCAUUUCU